AUGACUUCUCCUCGAAUGAAUAUUGAAGCCGAGGUGUCGAAUUCUUCCUCAAGUGACUCGUCCAGAGAGGGUUUCUCACAUGGCAAAGGGCAUGAAGAGCUGCAUUCAGCAGUUACCACGCCGUCCUCAACACCCAAUAUCUCCAGCGCCAAGUUUCUUCCUGCCGCUGUCACGGCAGAGAUUGCUCCAAGCCUUGCAUUCUGCCAACCGAAGCCGCCACCAGGACUCUACCGAGAGUCAUCGAGUCGAAUCCCGAGUGACAGUAGGGCACUGCAUGCCUAUCCAAUCGCGGAGAGUACGAAGCAUCAACCCCUGGAUACACUAUACAACAUGAUGAGGAGAAGACAAAACCAACCGAAUCAUAUCUCACCUAGCCUAGUAGCUCCUCAGAUCCCUUCUCUAACGUCUGAUUCAUCCGGUCUGCUAACCCACAUUCAAGACCUGGAGAAUAAGUUGGCUAUAUUGCAAGCAAAGGUUAUGCAGACGACCGAAGAGCCAUCAGGCACAAAUAUCGAUCAACAGCACUUGCCAAACCACCGUGUGUCGGAGGGUGAACUUGUCGGUACUAAUAGUUCUGACCCUUCCCAAAUUAAUCCUUGGAUCGUGGAAAUAAAGCGUUACAAGAAGCUAAACUACCGAUUUGGAUCGGCCGAGCUUUAUGAUGAUAGCGAGUCCAUCGAAGCCAUUCGCGCUAAGGAAAGCGCAGCUAGAGGAGGAGGUUACAUCUUGAAUGUGUACCGCGAGUACGACUGGGAGGGAAAUGCUCUCAACUCCAAGCUUGAAAUCUGUUCUACGCCCCUGCUCGAAGUCAUUCGAGAUGUCAUUGCAUAUUACCCUGGCCCGGAAUUCGAUCUUCUGCGAUGGGAGGAGACCGCUGGGGAUACCGUAACGUUUUCGGAGCCUUACAUGAUGUUGUUCACCCACCGGACUGAGCUGAAUGACUGUCUACAACGGCCCGACAUCCCUCAAGAGACUAAGAGUCACAUUGGUCUGCUUCUUCAAUUCUUGCGUGAAGAUAUGCCCAGGACGUCAGCUAAAUUAGAUGAAAUCAAGGCCGGAACUUGCAAAAAGAUCGCUUUCCACGAUCUGUGGCUUCUUUAUCCUCCGAACACACCGGUAUAUAUUUCUGCGAAUGGACAAGACCGGCAAAUGGUGGUAUAUUCGCGCAACGUGCCCGAAAAGAAUAUGAAAGGACAAUGGGGCGUUCUGAGUCUCUAUUGCUGGAGCGCAAAAUAUGAAGGCGAACAUCUAAACCGAGAUUUUUAUCCAUGGGUGAUCCAGCCAUAUCAUGGGGAGAAAGCCCUCGAUCAUCUGGAACUAAUACCCAUGCAAUAUUUGCCAAACCAAGACGCAGUCCGCUCAAGGUUGAUCGCAAGAGGCAACCGAUAUUUCCAGCUGAAUCGCGGACCAGUCCUUCAGGAUUAUCAAGGAGACCACUUCCCAAGGGUCUUCAAAGAUGAGCCUAUCCGCGUCAUAGUCGACCAAGACACAUACUGGCGAAAGCACGGGAUUGAAGCGCCCAGGAACGAUGAUCCUUCCGAAGAGUACGGCUUCCCUAAAGGGGAGGAUCUUCUGGAAGAUUCGGAGGGCCAUCCCCUUCAAAGAGCUUUGGUCUGUUGUUAUCCUAAAGUCGGCAUCUUCUCGAUGCGUGACAAGGAGUGGGCCUCCGUUCGCGUCGAUGAUCUCCACCCCGUCAAAUUCCGCGAGAAAGCCUUCAAAAGAUUGGUCAUCAAAGACGAAUAUAAGAAAUUGAUCAUCGCCAUGGUCCAAGCAAACAUGAUGGAAGACCCCGGCUUCACCGAUAUCGUAGGAGGCAAAGGCCGGGGCCUGACCGUCCUCCUCCAUGGGCCCCCCGGAACUGGCAAAACACUGACCGCCGAAUGCAUCGCCGAGAAGCAGCAACGACCCCUCUACUCCGUCAGCUGCGGCGACUUGGGCACCGAGCCCUUCGAACUGGAAAAACGGCUCAAAGAAAUCUUCAGCUACGCCGUCGCCUGGAAAGCCAUCCUGCUCAUGGACGAAGCCGACAUCUUUCUGCAAGAACGCGACGUCCACAACGUCAGCCGAAACGCCUUAGUAUCCAUCUUCCUCCGGGAAUUAGAGUACUUCGACGGCAUCUUGUUCCUGACCACCAACCGUCCCGGCGACAUCGACGAGGCCUUCCAGUCGCGCAUCCACGUGUCGAUUGGCCUAAAGGCCCUGGACACCGUCGAGCGCCGCAAAGUUUGGUCCAUUUUCAUCAGGGAGAUGGACCUUUCGGACAAAGACAAGGCCGCUUUGAUGACUCAUGUGACGGACAAGUUCGACAACGACCGCCUGAACGGCCGUCAGAUCCGGAAUGCCAUGCGUAUCGCCAUUGCGCUCGCGAACGUCAAGAAGGAGAAACUCACCCCGGAUCACUUGGAUCGCGUUAUCAAGAUCGGAAGGGAAUUCUCGGAUUACAUGGAGGAUUUGAAUAAGAUGAGUCAGGAGGACUAUGCGGUUGCGUUGGGAAGGCGGGGGCCGACAGCAUAA